GUAGAUGUUAAAACGUGAGCUUGGGUUUGGAAUUAUAAGGUUUUCAAACAGCAAAGAACAAUCACCCCAUGACUCGUCAUCAAAUCCGCCGUGUUGCCGUGAUAGGCGCAGGAAUCAGUGGGGUCGUUACGGCCGCGCAUCUACUCUCAGCAGGUUUAGAGGUCACUGUGUUUGAACGAAACCAAGCUGCGGGUGGUGUUUGGCUAUACGAUAAACGCAAGCCGCACGACCCUCACUAUCCUGCCGUCAAGCCAUCAAAGGGCGAACAGACAGUGCAUGGGACCGACGAGGCCGCAGUCUUGCUUGAACACGCGCCGCCAGGUGCGUGCUAUGAGGGAUUGAAGAACAAUGUUCCAACCCCGUUGCUGCGCCUCACGUUUAACGCGUGGCCUCCAGGCACUCCCGACUUUGUCAGCCAUCAGGUCAUCAAAGAAUACAUUCAAGACACCGCGGAAACGGGUGGCUCGGAGGAAGUCACUAUCUAUGGGGCGAAGGUGACCCGUGUCUGCAAAGUCGGGCCUGUCUGGCGUGUCUCUUGGGUUACCCGACGUGGUGCGGCACGGGACGCGGGGAGCGAGCGAGAGAAGACAUCUUAUUUCGAGGCGGUGAUAGUUGCUUCGGGCCACUAUCAUGCUCCCCGCGUGCCUGAUAUACCUGGGCUAGCUACCACCAAAGCGACCCAUCCAUCUCGGAUCACACACUCGAAAGAAUAUAGGACGCCCAGGGAUUACAAAAACAAGACCGUUCUUCUAAUAGGCGGAGGCGUCUCCUCUGUCGAUAUAGCCCGCGAGCUCGGCUCCGUAGCGAAAACAGUCUACCAAAGCACCCGCAACGGGAAAUUCGACCCCCCAUCUAGCAUACUACCUCGAAACGCAUCUAGAGUUAGUGAGGUAGUGGGGCUCGACAGUAGCUCAAACGACGAUGUCUCUCCUCUAAUAGCACAUUUGCAAGCAGGACAGACAUUGCGUGACAUCGACGCUAUAAUAUUUUGCACAGGAUACCACAUGACCGUGCCGUUUCUUCCCGAAUACCACAAUGAUAAUAUAUCGGCAGACGAGGCAGACGAGAAGGUUCUGGUCACAGACGGGAAUCAGGUACAUAACCUGCACAAAGACAUUUUCUACAUCCAGGACCCCACGCUAGCCUUUGUUGGGAUUCCUUAUUAUACAGCGACAUUCACGUUAUUUGAGUUUCAGGCUAUGGCAGUUGCAGCUGUAUAUUCUGGCAUCGCAAGUCUUCCAACCACAAGGACCAUGCGUACGGAAUACCUAGCAAAGUUGAAGCGGCUGGGCGCUGGGAAGCAAUUUCACUCGCUGAAAGAUGUUGAGGACGUCUACGUCAGAGAACUUGUGGAGUGGGUGAACAAUGGUCGAUCUGCUUUCCGUCUUCCCCUGAUCCAAGGGCAUACAAGGCAUUGGUUCCAGGCACAGAAAGCAUAUAAGGAGCAUGUAAAGAUACUGCAAGGCAAAUCAUAGAAUCGCCCUGUUAAAGAAUGAAAGAU